GAUUGGCUUUUGUAGUGGUGUUUCCACGCUGACCGAGAUGCCCGCUGUUCACACCCACAUCUGCAGUGAAUAGCUCAGUAUCGCAAAGCUACAACCGCCAGCUCACCACUACGCAGGAACUAGGUGUUAAGGAAGCCACACAGAGGUGCAGAAGGCAAACACUAGCCAUGGCCAUCAAGUGGUGCGUGCCACUGCUGCUGCUGUCGAUGAUGUACGGAGUGAGCAAUGCUCAGGAUAUUACUCGGCAGGAGAUGGCUAUGGGCCCACAGGUAGUUGAGGCAGUCGUGGACAUAAUUCACAGAGCUUGUGUACUGCCUCAAGAUUACUUUCUUCUUCGGCGUUUAGCGUACGUCGAGUCACGUGAUGGCACGGAACCUUCAACCUUCCGCCAAGGUUUCUACGGCGGCAUUUGGCAGAUAAAUGAAGAAAUGUAUGAAUCGACUAAGACCUCACCUUAUCUGGAGCCGAUGAAAAUAAACAUCGCCAACAAUCUGAAAAUUCACUGGGACUCCACAAGCUGGACCAACCUGGUGAAACCUCUGUAUUCUGGACUGGGAGCUGCACUGUUCGUUGUCUUUACCACUCGUGAUAUAGGAAUACCACGUACCAUCGCCAGCCAAGACAGCUUUUGGAGAAAAUCAAACUGGUAUUUCGUUAGUAAUGCAGAAAAUUUCACUGCCUUGGCCUCAAUUCUUCAGCCAGGUUGCCAAAGACAAGUAGACUUGGAACUUGCCUUUAUCGUGGACACGUCAAGCAGUAUUUCGUCGGAGGACUUCAUAAAAACUAAACAGUUCGUUUUGAAUGUGACAUCAAUCUUUGAUCUUGACAACGGGCGCGUGCGUGUGGCAGUCAUCACGUACUCGUCUCACGCGAACGUGACAGUCGGCCUAGGGGACGCCCCUUCACGUGCCAGCCUGAUGUCGGCCAUUAACAAGCUGAGCUACGAAAGCGGAGGAACAGAGACAGCCGCUGCCCUCACUCUGGCCAAACAGGCAGUCUUCUCUCGGUCAAGACCGAGCGCCGUCAAGGUGGCGGUGCUUAUUACAGACGGUAAAUCUCAAGACGCGCAGGACACAGAGACUGCAGCAAGACAACUGAAGUCGAACAGUGACGUCUUGCUACUAGUUGUUGGGGUGGGCGACCUGAUCGAUGAAAACGAACUGCAUAAGACUGCUUCCCAACCUUCGUGUACACACGUUUUCAAAGUGGCCAGCUACGAUCAGAUAGAGGAAAUUGGAGAAACUAUUCAACACCUAACUUGCCGGGCGCCACUCAUUUUGUCGAUGAACUCUACUGUUUCCUGUACAUUUGGUAACUGCCCUCCGUAUGCCAUUCCCGUCACAAGUUCUGGUGGAAUCAUCAAGGCCCGCAGCACGUGCAACUCGCCAAUACAGCUGUAUUCAGCGUAUGAUGUGCCCUACCCGGUCCACUCUAUCUCUAACGUGACAGAGACCAUCUAUAUCGGGGGCAGAGUCAGCAUUGUGCACAUCCCAGCACCACAAACAGUCCCUGCGUAUUUUUAUGUCAGUCUCAACCAGACUGGCGUUAACAGCAUCAAUCAAUGCACGGUCACUCUCACGGCCUCGCCAUAUGAUGUGCAGGUUAUGUGCAUUCAAAACGACAUUAUUCGCAACUGCACAGCAAGUGACCUGCAUCUAUUCGCCCCUGAACUCUGCCCUUGAAUACGAAACUACUACAGCAGACGGUACCGAAGUAUCAGUAGCGAUAUUCAGCAUACUAUGCAUUAGUUUUAUUUGUCUACUGUGUUAUAAAGACAAUAAAAGUAAAUACACCUUUCUGAGCGUA